UAACGAACAAGCUCUAUGUUGGGUCUAACACUGAACAGAUCAAAGUAGACCACCUAAAAAGUUUGAUCAACAAUUAAACAAAACACUGUUUGCUACUUUAUUGUGUUUGUAGGAUCUUAACGAUUUUGUCUUCAUGAUCAAUUGUCAAAAAGGUUUCUUGAAAGCAAAGAUGUUUGGAAAUUUAGCUGAAGAAACUUGCAUGCUAAGCAGAGAUUAUCUGUUCAUUCAUCCCUAUCACCAAAGCUACCUCAUGCUCUGCUUCUUACUGCAGCAGAGACCUUCAAUGGCUGCGAGGUUUGAAGUGUCAGCAUUCACAUGUAAAUGAAACUUCCGGGAAAGUUCCUUUAGUUCCGUGGUGAUUGUCUAUAAGAACUCUUGUGAGCUAUGGCGUUAGAGUGAACUCCUUUCUGUGGUUAUCUGUUGACUGCUAUCCGCAUAAGUAUAUUUGACAUUUCUUUUCAAGAAUUCCUUGUUUCUUGCUAGUUUCAGAGGGAAAAAAUGGCGAGCAAACUCAAAUAUUCUUCAAAUGUUUACUACGGUAACAUUCAGUCCGUGCUGCUUAGUAUCAGCACUGCCACUCUUACAAAAUCCCAAAAGAAAUGGAGGGUUGCUUGCAUUGUCAUAUAUGUGUCGCUAUCUUUGGUGAAGCGCAUUGUUUCUAAGAAUAGAAAGUUGGAUGCUCGGGUGCUCAAUGCAUUAGCCUCUCCUAGUUCUCCUCACAGAGUUCUUGAAAUUGAGCCGGUCUCUAGUUAUCUCCAUGAAGUUGGGGAUAAUAGAGGGCUGUAUGCUAAAAUAGACCAAAGAAAGCUCACGGAAAUGGUCAAAAACAAGAACUUAGAUGAGCUCCGUGGGUUUGGUGGCGUUAAAGCCUUAGCAGAGCUUCUCAAAACCGAUAUGGAGAAUGGAGUCCAUGGAGACGAAGAGGACUUAAGCAAACGGCGCAUGGCAUUUGGCUCCAAUACUUACCAGAAGCCGCCCCCAAAAGGGCUGAUCCAUUUCGUGGUCGAAGCUUUCAGGGACACCACAAUUCUCAUCCUCUUGGCUUGUGCUGCCCUUUCUCUAGCCUUUGGAAUCAGAGAACACGGUGCACGAGAGGGCUGGUAUGAAGGUGGCAGCAUUUUCGUGGCUGUGUUCAUUGUGGUGGCUGUUUCUGCAGCCAGCAACUUCCGCCAAGAAAGGCAGUUUGACAAGCUGUCUAAAAUCAGCAACGACAUUAAAAUAGAUGUUGUGCGGGAAGGCAGGAGGCAGAAGGUCUCGAUCUUUGAUGCAGUCGUUGGAGACGUUGUUUUCUUGAAUAUUGGAGAUCAUGUCCCAGCUGAUGGCCUAUUCAUCGAUGGCCACUCGUUCCACGUAGAUGAAUCGAGCAUGACAGGGGAGAGUGAUCAUGUUGAGGUAAACUCAGUGCACAAUCCAUUCUUAUUGUCUGGCUCAAAGGUGGCUGAUGGAUACUCAAGAAUGCUCGUAAUAUCAGUGGGAAUGAACACUGCGUGGGGCGAGAUGAUGAGCUCAAUUACAAGUGAGUCCAACGAGCAGACACCGUUGCAGGAGCGCCUGAACACACUGACUUCUUCAAUCGGGAAAGUAGGCCUUGCUGUGGCUUCUUUAGUCCUUGUAGUAAUGCUGACUCGUUAUUUCACUGGCAACACUGAAGAUGAAGAUGGGUUACAAGAAUUCAACGGGACCGAUAAGGAUCUGAAUGACAUCUUUAACUCAGUGCUGAGAAUCAUUUCUGCUGCUGUGACCAUAGUGGUUGUGGCCAUUCCUGAAGGCCUGCCUUUAGCCGUCACGCUAACGCUUGCUUACUCAAUGAAGAGAAUGAUGGCUGAUCAGGCGAUGGUGAGGAAGCUUUCGGCUUGUGAAACCAUGGGCUCGGCAACAGUUAUCUGCACAGACAAGACGGGCACUUUAACUUUGAAUCAGAUGAAAGUGACCAAGUUUUGCAUAGGUCAUGAAGAAACGGGACAAGACGUUUCUCGUGUUAUUUCUCAAGAUAUUCUAGAACUGUUACACCAAGGAGUUGCUUUCAAUACUACAGGUAGCAUCUAUAAGCCCAAAUCAGGAUCAGUAGUUGAGUAUUCUGGAAGCCCAACUGAGAAGGCAAUUCUCUGCUGGGCUGUCCAAGAUUUGGGUAUGGAUAUUGACAAGCUGAAGCAAGAUUACACCAUUCUUCACGUCGAAACUUUCAACUCAGAGAAGAAAAGAAGCGGGGUCUUGAUCAGAAACAACGCUUACAAUUCUAAUUAUGUACACUGGAAGGGAGCUGCGGAGAUGGUACUAGCAAUGUGUUCCUAUUACUAUGAAACUACUGGAGGAACAAAGAGUAUGAGCAAAGAGACAAGAUCCCAAUUUGAAAAGAUUAUCCAGGGUAUGGCAGCAAGCAGCCUCCGAUGCAUUGCAUUUGCUUACAAGCAAGUGGAAACCGGAGAGUCCAAAUCAAACGAAGAUGAUAAAACUACUAUUUCACAAAGUCUAAGUGAACAUGAUUUGACGUUACUUGGGAUAGUUGGUAUAAAGGAUCCAUGCAGACCAGGUGCAAGAAAAGCUAUUCAAUCCUGCAGAGUUGCCGGGGUUGAAGUCAAGAUGAUCACUGGUGACAACGUGUUCACUGCAAAGGCCAUAGCUGCUGAAUGUGGAAUACUCGAACACAAUCAGCAGGUUGUGACCGGGGAAGUAAUUGAAGGCGUAGAGUUCAGAAACUACACACCUGAAGAAAGAAUGCUUAAGGUUGAUACUAUUCGUGUCAUGGCAAGAUCAUCCCCUUUAGACAAGCUUUUAAUGGUACAGUGUCUAAAACAGAAAGGGCACGUAGUGGCGGUAACUGGAGAUGGAACGAACGAUGCCCCUGCACUGAAAGAAGCCGAUGUAGGCCUCUCUAUGGGAAUCCAGGGCACCGAGGUAGCAAAAGAGAGCUCAGAUAUCGUAAUUUUAGAUGAUGAUUUCUCCUCCGUGGCUACAGUUCUACGUUGGGGACGAUGCGUUUACAACAACAUCCAGAAAUUCAUCCAAUUUCAGCUCACGGUUAACGUGGCAGCUCUGGUCAUCAACUUCAUCGCAGCAGUUUCUGCUGGCGAUGUUCCCCUGACAGGGGGUCAGUUGCUAUGGGUAAAUCUCAUUAUGGACACAUUAGGGGCCCUGGCUUUAGCUACAGAGCGGCCUACUGACGAGCUUAUGCACAAUCCUCCUGUGGGGCGAACAGAACCUCUUAUCACCAACAUCAUGUGGAGAAACCUUCUGGCGCAGUCUUUAUACCAAAUCAUCGUACUCUUAACAUUCCAAUUCAGGGGCCGGUCUAUAUUCAACGUGGACGAGCAGGUAAAGAACACACUCAUCUUUAACACUUUUGUGCUUUGCCAAGUUUUCAAUGAGUUCAACUCAAGGAAUCUGGAGAAGCAGAACGUAUUCAAAGGGAUUCACAAGAACAAGUUGUUUCUAGGCAUUAUCGCGGUAACUAUUAUCCUGCAGUUUGUGAUGGUAGAAUUCCUAAAGAAUUUCGCUGACACGGUGAGAUUGAGUUUGGCACAAUGGGGGAUUUGCAUUGCAAUUGCGGCCUUAACAUGGCCUAUUGGUUGGAUUAUGAAGUUCGUGCCUGUCACAAAGAAGCCAUUUCUAAGUUACUUAAAGUUCUUUUGUUCGAGAUCUUGAAGUCACUCAAACGGACAACAUCCUCUCCGGCUAGCUUUGUUCUAAACAGAACAUAGAAUGCUAACAAUGGAGACUUAAAGAUUAAAUAUUUGGUUGCUGCAGAGGGCAACCGAACAACAGCCUGAAACAACAUUACUAGGAAGACGCUUCCUCCUAAGACAUAGACUGCAUUUUCUGUUUAUGUCCAAGACUCGCCCUUUUCACCAUCUAGCCAUAAUCUUGAAACCAUUUCUCCCUCCAACACCGGGAGAUCUGCCCAACUGUGAUCAACAGUCCUGUUCUAUCUGGCACGCUGUGUUGUAAUUUUAAUUAAUUACAUGAAGAAAUCCAUAAAUGAGGUUGAGUAAAAGAGGAGAAAUGUUUCUCCCACACAAGAGAAUGAUGGAACAAUGAUUGGAAUUGUUUGCAACAAGAUUGUUGGCUGUUAAUGGCUGCAUUGAGGUGUGGCCAUGCCAUCAUUCCUCAUGUUUGUCACACCAACAACUUCAAACAAUUCUCUUCUCAUGCCAUUCCUCAUAUUUGACACACCAACAACUUCAAACAAAUUCUCUUCUCUCUCUUGA